AUGUUGAUUGGGCUCUGCGGAGGCAUUUGCGCUGGCAAACGCACUGUUGCCAGGUAUCUCCAGGAACACCAUGGUUUCACACGUCUCUACCUUCGACAAGACAGGGCUGAUGAUAUCCAUUUUCCCGAGUCAGAAGUGAAUGGUCAUGGCAAUGGAGAUAUGGAUAUCAAGCAGGUGGACGGUCAUGUAUUAACAAGAAUAGUACCGCCUCCCCAAUACACCGGUGUCUCCCCAAAACCCUCCCAAGUCGCGGAGGACCAUACUUUCAGCACCACAGAGGAAUUGAUCGACUUCGUCACUAAGCGAUGGCGCGAACGCUGGGUAACGACAGAUAUUUAUACCGAGCCAAUCCUCGAUAAGCUUCUCCGCCGCCCGUUCUUUAUACUCAUCAGUGUGGAUGCGCCAGUCGGUGUGCGGUGGAGGCGUUUCCAAGCUCGACUAUUGAAAUCCGAAUCAGCAGCCGAGAGCCUGUCCCUCGAGGCCUUCCUCAUAAAAUCAGACGAGCACCUCUAUAAUCCACACUCGGGACUACUUCCGUUAAUAUCUCGAGCGACUGUCCGGCUGCUGAAUACGUCAAGUAACCUCGCGCAUUUAUACGCAACUUUGGGCAAGCUGGAUCUUACGAACGAAGACCGUUUAAGGCCAAGCUGGGAUCAGUAUUUCAUGGAAUUGGCAUCUUUGGCAGCGCAGAGGAGUAAUUGCAUGAAACGGCGAGUGGGCUGUGUGCUAGUGAGGGAAAAGCGGGUUAUCAGUACCGGUUAUAACGGUACACCACGAGGACUCAAGAACUGCGGAGAAGGGGGCUGUCCACGUUGUAAUGAAGGCCAGGGUUCUGGUUUUGGUCUGGGGACAUGCUUAUGUAUCCAUGCCGAGGAAAAUGCCUUACUAGAGGCCGGUAGGGAGAGGAUUAGAGAAGCCGCGACGCUAUACUGCGAUACCUGCCCUUGUUUGACAUGCAGCAUCAAGAUCGCGCAGGUUGGGAUCAGUGAGGUGGUUUAUAGCCAGGGAUACAGCAUGGAUGGGGAGACUGCGGAUGUCUUCAAACAGGCUGGCGUCCGUCUUAGGCAGUUCAUACCGCCUGCCAACGGGUUGAUACACUUAGAAAAGCCCGCAUUUUAUUAA